AAUGACAUGGCUGUUAUAUAUUGCUAAACGUGCAAUAAAUAGUAAUUUCGUCUAUCAAAGUAAGAACAGAUUUGCCCCAGGAAUUUUUUGACGAAUAUAUUUCAGUCAUUAUUGAUUGGUGGGUCCCAUUUUAGUCGAAGGGAGGUAAACCUUUCCUCAACUCCGAAGUUGAUAUAACUAGUUCAUAGCAGCUUCUAAUGUCUCCGGUGACAGAAAUAGCACUGAUGUAGAUAACGUGAUAAGUGUGAUUUAAGUGUAAUGUCGAAACGACAUUUUUACAAUCUGGAUAUAUAACCAAGUUUUCAAAACAAAUAGGACUUGACAUUCUCGUCCACUCGAGUCUCCACGUGCAGUCGCGGAAUCACUUCCGACCUUGUUGAAAUGUACAUUAUGUGAAUGAUGCUGCACGGACUACACACUCCAGUGAAGAGUGAAGUUGUGACGAUGGUGUGAGAAAGAUGCCGUUGCCAUUAUGGCGUCGACUGACGCGCAACAUCUACCGCAAGGUGGUGGUGCUCUUGGUGCUGCUGCUCAUCGUCUGGUGCGUCACUCUCGCCAACAUAACACUCAUCAAUAGUGUCAAGCCACCCAAGGAGAGUGAAGUGCUAAAGAAUGAGAUCAUCCGCCUGAGUGAGGAGUAUGUGAAAGCUCUAUCCAGGGAAAACGGAGACAUGGUGGAUGGACCCUACGCCGGCAGGUUCACAGCUUAUGAUCUGAAGAAGACAAUGGCUGUGUUGUUGGAGAGUAUGCUGGAGAGGUUGCAGCGCCUGGAGAGUGCUGUCAAUCUUGUCAUCAACACCACCCUCGUCAACGACACCAUCAAUGCUACUUUAAAGCUGGAAGAAAAACACAAGCCUGGGAUCAGUGCUAGAGAUUUGAUCAAUGGCAAGAGCAUAAACUGUAAGCUGACCGAUGAGGACAAGGCACAGUACCCUCAUUGUGAGGGCAAGAUGAAGUGGAUGAGCAAGAUGUGGAAGUCUGACCCGUGCUAUGCGACAUAUGGUGUGGACGGCUCUGACUGCUCCUACGUCAUGUACCUCAGUGAGGUGGAAGGCUGGUGUCCAAAGAAGGCCUGGGGUGGCUCCAUGAAACUGAAGCUGAAGGAAGCAGCACCUCUUUAUGCUAACAUCACCAGUAACCUGGAGGAUCUCAUGGCACUACUGCGAGAUCCCAAUGAGAGGCAGGGUUAUGCAUGGAUCAGGAUGCGCAUCACACGGAUGUGGGACAAAUGGUCAUCUGCCAUUCACAGACUCUCUGCCAAGCAGAAUCUGGGGCACCGGAAGAAGAAAAAGAUUCUAGUUCAUUUGGGCUUGUUGUCCAAACAGUCAGGAUGGAAGUUUGCUGAAAUGCAGUUUAAAGGUGGACCCCUGGGAGAGCUGGUGCAGUGGAGUGACCUCAUCACCACCCUGUUCCUCCUGGGUCAUGAUCUCACCAUCACCAGUGAGGUGGAGCAGCUCGUGGGGAUCCUGUCUCGACUUCCGGCAGCCAAGUCACCGUGUCAGAGUCGGAAGGAGUUACCGGUCAACAUCAUCUACACGGACAUCAUGGGCCUCAUCCAGUUCAAGAAGCGGGUCAAGGGGGGCUAUGGCAAGUUCAGUUGUCUAUUCCGGAUUGUUGAUUCGUUUGGCACUGAACCUGCCUACAACCAUCGUAGUUUCGCCAAACAAAACAAGAUUCUCACCUCAUGGGGAGGCCAAGACUUGCAGCCUCGGCAGUUCUUCACCAUGUUCCCUCACAGCCCCGACAACUCCUUCAUGGGCUUUGUGGUUGAACAGCACCUCAACGACUCCCACGUGCAGCAUCUAGAGAGGCAGAACAAGGCUGUAGUGUACGGCAAGAAGGAGUACAUGUGGGAGAAAAAAGACAGCUACCUCAAUGUUAUAAAGGAUUUUCUGGAGAUUCAUGGUACAGUCUAUUAUGAUCAGAAGCAGGCCAAGCUCCCGGACUACGUAGUCAACCAUGGUCUGCUCAAUGGGGCAGACCUGCACAAGCUAUUGAGAGAGUCAAAGGUGUUUAUUGGCAUGGGCUUCCCAUACGAAGGCCCUGCUCCCUUGGAAGCUAUUGCUAAUGGAGCAGUGUUCCUCAAUGCCAGGUUCGAUCCACCCCACAGCAACAAGAAUGACCCUGUGUUUAAGGGAAAACCCACUCAGCGAGAGCUAACUAGCCAACAUCCGUAUGCUGAGAUGUUUAUUGGGAAGCCUCAUGUUUACACCAUAAACAUCAAAGAUACAAAUGAGGUCACCAAAGCUUUGCAAGAGAUCUUGAACAAUAAUACAUUUGAGCCAUAUUUGCCCUUUGAGUACACGGAGGAAGGGAUGUUGCAGAGGAUGAAUGCCUACAUUGAACAUCAGGACUUCUGCAAGUUCCAGAAACAGAUAGCACAAUGGCCGCCCACAGAUGCUGUGCGUCUUCUCCUGGGCUCCCCCGGCAAGAGUUGUAAAGACGUCUGCUGGGAACAGAAUCUAAUAUGUGAACCAAGCCACUUCAUGGAGCUAAACUCAUUAGAGGAGAUAGAAAAACUAUAUGUGCAGUGUUCCAGCAAACACAGCUCAGCAAACAUUUACUAUCCAGCAUAUAAUGUAAAUACUAAAGAGUGCACACUCCAAGGGGAAGAACUCUUGUUCAGUUGUGUUGGCGGACGUCACGAUCUGAGACGACUGUGUCCAUGUCGGAAUUACAUUCGAGGUCAGACUGCACUUUGUGUUGGUUGCCAGAGGUGAUCCUGGCCAUCUCAACUGUGAUUGGUUGAAUUUCUUUUAUCUGUGAUCUGAUUGGAGGAUAAGAUGAUGGCUGUGGCUCAACAUGAAGUGUUUGUUUGCUGGAGUAGAGACAAGUUGAGGCAUGAUGUGUUUGUCCGGCGGGAUAUCUGUUUGUCACAAUGUGUCAGCUCACCAAAAGGUUCAUUUGUUUUCCAGUGGAUAUUGUUAUAUUGAAAUGUUGAAAAUUGUCUUUGUGCAAGUUCAUAGUAGCUAGUUAUAAAUCCCACAUUCAAGAACUCUAUACAUGCAGCAGGGGAAUGAGCCUUAGAGUCAAACUCAUUGCCUCAUCCUAUUUUCUUGUCUUCAGUCUUACUUCGUUAAGUUAACAUGGCAAUAAUCAGCAAUAGGAGACACCACCCUUCAUACCCACCCAUACAUGUUUGUACAAGAGUACCCACUUCAAGACAGUGAUUAGCCAAUAUUAUUGGUGGAACUAUUUUACUAUUGUUGAACUGUGUACAACAUGUCAUUAUCGUUUUUUAGCAAAUUCACAUUUCAUCUUUCAUGUCAUAUUUUGAUCUGAUACAGUAAGUGAGAAACUGUAACACAUCAGCUUGUUUUUAGCAGUAGGCUAUACAUUAUUACCUACAUUCAUUCAAAUGCAAGAAUUUUUCAAUAUCCUUAUUUAUAAACUACACAAGCUAUAUACAGGUGCUUAUGCUUAGCAGAAUAUGUCCCCUUGUUGAACAGAUCAGUCUGCCUUAAAUUGGUAAAAGUUAUUCCAAAAUAUUUAAAUGCAGAUUUGAUUGACCAUUUCUUAUCUUAUUAUUUUAUUUUUUAGAAGUAUUUCUCAAUUCUUCCCUGAACCAACUGCCUCUGUUAUGUUGGUAUGCUGCUUCAGAUCUACAAACCUGUGCUGUGAGAACAAGUGGAAUGCAAGGUGUGCAUGUGCAGUUUUGUGUCAGAGGUUAAGUGUAAUGGACUGCAACAUGUUAGAAUAUACUAUUUAUACAAUGUCUGUGUUGUUGAACUCUGUAUGUUAUCCAAGGGAAGAAUGUUAUCAGAGUAUCAUAUUCUGUGCAUCUAGUCAUCUCCAACCUGUUGCAGCAGCACCUGUUGUUGUCUGAUAUUAAUAGAGUAUUAUAUAUACAAGAUUUAGACAUAUGAUAACAUUUGUCUCUAUGGUUGAUGGUCUUUUGCCAUUAUUCUUGUAAAUUUAUAUCAUAUUGAGGAUUUUGUAUUAUUCUAAUGAUGUAUGAUUUUAGAGUAUUGUUGGGCUAGAUUUGUUAUCUAAUGUAUCGAUGCACACACACACACACAUUUGUAUUGCUCAACUUUUGCGAGGAAAUCUGCCUAUGCAAAACCAAGGUUACUAUAGUUUUACAUGCAUGAAAUGGAGUGUCUUCAGUGUGUGACACACUCAUCUGUGUGUGUGAAGUGGUCAUUUUUGUUCUGGGGUUAAAGAUCUACAAGAUAAUGCCACCUAUAUUGUCUUUUCUUCUGCAGUCACAAGCAGCUGGUUUAUCAUAGCAGAGGAAGUUCUUGUUUAAAUAAUGAAUUUCAAGAUUUUUUUAUCAAACUCCCACUCUCCAAAAACGGAUUGAAAUGUGAUAUCAAAACAAUAAGCACCCCACUCCCAUUUAUUCUGGCUACUUCAGAGAAAACAAAUAAAGCAGUCAACAAUUAUAGAGUGAAACAGUGCAUUCGACUUUGACCAACUGCUACCAUAAACCUACAUAGUAACUUCCAUAUUUCUUUUCUGCAUUAUGUGACACUCUUAAUGGUUGAUUGCUUCCAAGAAGCCAUGAUAUGACAUCACACACAAAAUACUUAUUUAAUCCGAACUGUGGUGCAGAUGUUGUGCAGUCACAUGUAUCACAUUCUAUCAUUCACUUCUCCUGGCAAAAGUUGAGUAGAAUAUAAACAGUAUUUCCUGAUAAUGGUAUUGAUUUUAGGUUGAGAUUAUUUGUAUAUGGAACAUUUUUAUGCUGAUUGUAUUUUGCAAAUCACAGGAGACAUUGUGAUACAUGCUUGCUUCCUUCAUGGAAACAUGUCUGUGUAAGAGGAAUCCUACUGACUAUUUGAUGUAGUGUCUGUAGAACUCCCCCCGCCUAGCUUGCUUCCCAUCCUGUCAUGUGUUACCACUGCAAGGGACCUUGGAUACACAUCAAUUUUCCUCUUUUAAAUGAUUUGUUAUAAUUACAACUUUUGCACUGGUGAGGACUUAUAUUAUUUUGAGCCAACUUGACUGAAGAUCAAGUACAUUCAUGUCAUGGCCUGUUUGUCUGUCAUCCAUUGUAAAUGUCUUCUCCGACAUUUACAAUGGCCAUGGCAGCCAGUUUUGAAAAAAACAAUUUAUGUCAACAUAUCAUUUUGGUUAAUAAUCAAUGCUGAUGGCAGGUUUUGUUAAGUGUCUGUCUUCGGAUAAUGUCUAUCUGUUGUCUACAUAUCUAGGUGAGCUACAGUGUUUUGGCACCAUUUUUAUUAUUUCAUGAAUUUGUCAUAGAAUGCACAUGAGAAAGCAAACUUUGCACCUUUUAUAGAGUUUUAGAAAGAUAGUAUGGUCCCCCACUGUGAUCUUCCAUUAUUUACUGAAAGACAUGCCAAACCCUUGUACCCUUAUGACUGCCAUUGGAUGCCAUGUGAUGCUUUGAACAUGUAGUCAUGGGUUCCAUGGCACCAGACAUUACACAGACAGAACAUAGUCUUGCUAUACACAAUAAUACUCCAACAGGAGAUGUAUUUAUUUAGAUAAAAGUGCUCACCUAGUAUGUUAGGACAGACCAACAAUACAUCUGCAGGGGCCAUAUUUCUAACAAGGGCCGAGAUUAUUGACUGUUGAUCCUGGUCAGGUCAGGUUCUGAGAAAGUUCAUGAUGCAAGGAAAAUUACAAAGGAAUCUUGCUUCAUCGUCCCUGUCUUUUAUGAACUUUUGUACAUGGUGCUUAUUGGGAGGAUUACUUCCAGCAAGUUCUCAGUGGUGACCAGCCUGGAAAACUCUUUUUCAGACAUGACCUUUCUUGUAACGCAGGGUCACUCAGUUCUCCAUAUCUUCAUAUCUAGUGAAGGUCAUGAGCAUAUUGGAGAUUCUGCAAAUUUGUCAUGAUGCCGCUGAUGCCAUUAUCCUAUCACUCUCAUCAUGUCAGUGUUGUCAUGCCGCUGUCGUCAUGUCAAUGUUGUUGUGCCAAUGUCGUCAUGCCACUGUUGUCAUGCCACUGUUAUCAGUAUUGAGCAAGUUGUCACUGACCUUUGAUUGUAGAGUAUACUUCAGAAAGGAUUUCAAACAAAGCAAUCAAACCUGAUAUGGCAACUGUCAAGUGCUGUUGCCAUGUCAACUGCCACGUCACUGAUGUUGACAUGUCAGUGUUGUCAUGCCACAUGGGUUAGGCUUCCCCCUGCAAGUGCUGCUGGAGCACUUUUUAUGACUAGUUAUUUGUUCAACCCUCCCUACACAACACUAGGUCACUGCAUUGCUAGGGCAAUCAGUGGCUUGACCACAUCCUGGAGCUGAGGGAUCUACAUCACUUUCCUCCCACAUCAAGCUGAUAUUCCAUGAUAUUAUUGAAAUACUGUUCAAAGCAGCAUAAAACUUGCCCAUUAAGAAGCACAAUGUAAUAUUGAGGCAUACCAUAUCAAUAGGUUAUACCCUCUAAAUCAUUUUCUAUAUCAGAGUCAAUCAAAAUAAUUUCAAAGUAAUGUUUAUCCUCACAUUAAAUGUCUUGUUAAUGUGUUUUCUAUUGUAAUUGUUGCCCUACAUGUUGUUAUAUGCUCCUGACUGGCAGGCCCUCCACACUGGCAGUGGGCAGGCUACAGAGCCAAUCUUUGUAUUUACACAUAUCAAAAGUCUACACAGAAUUGUUAUUGUUGACAGUUGUGAAGUUAUAUAGGUUGUUUGUAUUGAGAGUCUAGUUGAUGUUUUGCACUUUUCUCAUGGAAAGGCAACACUUUUUUGCAUUUUUGUGGUUUAUGCAUUUACCAACUAGAACCAAAAGCAACUGAAAUGAAUACAGAUUAUGUUGCUUUGGGUUACCCAGAAGGUUAAUAGUAACUUCAUAAUGUCUUUAAAACAAGCGCCAUUUUAGAAAUAUUUAUACUCAGUUUGGAUGUCUCGGAAAACAGCUGAUUAAGGAAAGUGAGAAGUGAAUAUUUUCAUUGUAUAAGUGUUUAACAUUAUAUAAAAAAACAGGGCUUGCAUAUAAGUUUUUCCUGUUGAAUCAACUCAAUCAACAGAAAACACAACCUUUCUUGUAAAAUAAAUGGACCUACUCCAGAUAACGUAACAGCAAAAAGUCUGUAAGCCAUGAAGUUAGAGAAGUGUUGCCUUGGUUGUUAAUAUAGGCUACAGUUGGUCAUGGAAUACACCAGUGGUGAGGUUAAAUGCCCAAGACAAGUUAAGCUCCUAACAUACUACAGUGCAGUACAUCCAUGUCUGGAGUAGCGUGAUACAUACCCAACAUUGUUUAAUGCUUUUUCAAUAUUUCAAGAUCUUUUGACAUGUCAAAAUUUGUGUGAGACGAUUCAAAUCAAAUUUUGUCUGCUGUGGUCAUGAUGUUAAUGCUUGUACAAGUGCUGACUUCCUAUGGCAUAGAUGCAUACACCUAUUGUACCCCACCCCAGGCCUACCUCAUGUCCCCACAACAUUGAAAAAAAUAUUGGCAAAAUUUACCCAACAAUUGUGCUUUGCACUACUUUCUCACCAUGCAUUUAACAUACACACACAAUACUAUAGAUCUGGUGUAUUCUACCAUCUGUGGUGCCCAUUGGUGCCAGCAAUAUCCUCCACCAGCUUCAGGACAUUAGUCUGUUGUUCUUAUAAGAUUCUUAUGAGAUUUACUCUGCUUUCACCAACACACUAAAGCCUGCCCCUCCUCCCCAUGACUGAUGUACUGUAUCCUGACCAUACCUCAUACCCUGCCCUCACCAUGACUGGAUUGGACUCAUGGUAGGCGUAAAUAUUCUCCUGACCAACUGCUGUGACAGUAUUGCAGCCUACAUGCUCUCCUGGAUGUAUUGCUAGUAUUAGGUUCACAUGUCUGUUUCAUUGAGGACUUGGUCAGCCCUGGUGUGCCACACAUUUCAGCAUCUUAUAAGGGAAUCAUUUCAUAUAUAAUAAAUGAUGAAUCAUAUUACCAGCUA